UUUAACCAUCAGCUCAAGGAGGCGCAGCCAUACUGGGAGAGGGCUGUAGCUGUUGAGCACAAGCUUGCCUUGGAACAAGCGCGCGUGCUGGUAAGCAAGUGCCUCCAGAACAUGCAGCUGGAACUAGAGUCGGAUAUCGAAGAGCUGCGGCGCCUUCAGCUGGCAGCAGAAAAGGCAGCGGCAGACCGCAAAGCCUCAGCAGCUGCCGCUGAGCGCCUGCAAAACAUCACGCAAGAUGAAGCAGACCGACUGGGACUUAAUGCGGCUUCUAACGGCGUCGUAAAUGUGCGCUAUGUCUAUGAAGAUGGUACGGAAGUCACCAACCCAGCGCAUCUCCCCGAAGGUGCACGGGUGGCGGAAGCAACAGCUACUGCAAAUCUUCAGGCUACGGCUGCUGCAGCAAGCGCGGCAGCACGCGCAGCAGAGCAGCAGGCGCUCGCCGCUGCAGACAGCAUGGCACAGGUCUCCAGACUUCAAGGGGCUUACGAGGCCACAGCAACAGAACAGAACACAAGGCAGAGCAGUAUUCAGCAGCUGCAAGAUUUCUACAAACAACAAACACUUCAACUCCAAAUGCAACACGAACGCAAUAGGCAAAAUGGCAAAGCCCAAAUGCCGGAGCAACAGCAACCGACGGAACAGCAAAAGCAGCAGAUACAGCAGCAGAACCAGCAGAUGCAGCAACAGCAGAGGCUGCAACAUCAGCAGAUGCAACAACAACAGAUGCAACAACAGCAGAGGCUGCAACAUCAGCAGAUGCAACAACAACAGAUGCAGCAACAGCACCCGCAACGGCACCAAAGUUUCGAAUCUGUUGCUUCACUGCCGCGAUUUCCCCAAGUAUCUACAGCUCCAAUGACAGCCGCACUACCCACGUGGCUAGCCGGAAACAAGGAAGCAAUGCAACACUCAACGCUUUCUGCCACCAACUCUAACGUCGGUAAAAGCAACCUGCCAGGGAGCCGCAUGGUCUCCAUGCAGCCGCCAGUGCCUCAUACCAACGGGCCCACCCCAGUGCGACCUGAAGUGGGCACAUGGAAACGGACUAUUAGCACCACAGAAAAGACGGAAAUAUACAUGAGACGAGGCAGAAGCAAACAGCCUGGUAGCUCAUCAGAUCAGGCUGAGCAGCAGCAACAGCAGCAACAACAGCAGCAACAACAGCAGCAACAGCAGCAACAACAACAGCAGCAGCAGAUGCAACAGCAGAUGCACCAGCAAUUGCAGCAGCAACAACAGAUGCAACAACAGAUGCAACAACAGAUGCAACAACAGCAAGAACAGCAGCAGCAUGCGAUGCAGAAGCAAAUGCAACAGCAGAUUCAGCAACAGGCCGUAAAGCGCAUUCCUGUUCGAUCGCUCGCAGAGGUGCCAAACGUGCAGCUGGGGGCAUCACAUGUAGUGGGGGGCCUGCAGCAAAUCGAAGCCCUAACCCCUGGCCAAAUUGAGAAGUAUGCGGAGCACUAUGGCAUCUAUCCAACGCCGGAGGCGGCAGCGGCUGCAUUAGGGGGCGUUCCGCUGCAGGGAGUCGGAGCAAUGAAGACACACGACAACGGGGGAGCACAUUUGAUUCAGGUGCAACAACAGCAGCAACAGGCCCAUGGACAUCAGUUCAGCGGAACUAUAGAGCAGGUCAAUUCCAUGAAGCAAAGACAGCUUAUGCGGAUGCAAACGCAGCGGCAGAACGCUUAG